AUGGAAUUCUUCGCACGUCUGGGCAACUUCGUGCUUGGUGAACCCGAGGAGGAGACGGAGGAAGAGCAACAAUUGCGUCGUCGCAACCGCGCCAAGCGCCAGCUGCAGGCCAAGAGCCAACGCGGCAUCAUCCUCGAAGAUCUGGAGAGCGCCGUGAAAGGGCUACAGCUCUUCAUGGACGCCAAGAAAGGCACUAGCAACAAUAAUUGUCGAAGUAGCUCUAUGGACGAUGGGUCAGAUACAACGUCAAUGUCCAAUGACGACAAUGACAGUCCGAAGGCAGCGAUGAUGGAGAGCACGGACGAUGCUCGGGAACUGCUCCUAAACGACGAGCAAGCGGUAGUCAACUUGCUGUGUACGCAGUUGGAUCGCUGUAUUUCCCAUGGUCUGCGUCUGCUAGAGGCAGACGAAUCAAGUACCGGAGCCACCGUCAAGUUCUUUGGCGUUGUCAAGUGGACAUGCACUCGGAUGGAAGCCAUUCGUCAAAAGCAAAUGGUGGAAGCCAUGCACCGCGCCGCAGCGGCUCCAAAAGGACCAACGUCCUCUACAAACAGCAAAGUGUGCGAGGUCGUGACUUCCAGUGUCGAAGCAGACCUCCCUCGCCACGUUCGCGGUCUGGUGGGUGCUGUCCGUUCCGCUAUUGGCCUCACUAACGUGCACACUGACGAAGGCAAAGCACGAGCUUUCAUCCGCCAAGCACUCAACACGCACGUGUUGCAAUCUAGUCUGAGUAUGGUGCUAUCGGAGACCAAUCUCGACUUGUUAGCAUCAUAUUACACCGAGUUCGCUCUCUUUCGUCAACGUGACGAGGUCAAGAUGUUCCUCAAUCUCCUGUCUGGACUGGACAAUCUCCCAUUUGCAUUCUUAAUUGACGACCCACGACUGGAUCUGGCUCCGGAAACCUUGCCAUUCUCGCGUCCUUUGCCUCGUCCGAAGGCGCGAAAGAGCAAGAAGCAAGCACCUAAGCUCAUUGAUCCCGAGGAUAUGGUGAGUGGACGCGUGCGUCUCUGCCAAGCCGACGAUGAGACCGACAUGUUGGCUGAGAAACUCGUUUCCCACCAUGAACUUCGACUGGCGUUUAACUCCCGCAAAGGUGGCAAUCCCUUGUCCGAGACAUUGAGGCAAGCAGCUCAGUCCCAGAAGAUGGAGGAUGCAGCAACUGCGGUUCUUCGUUUCUUGGAGCUGGGGUAUCCAGAGUACGACGUGUUCGGCAGCGACUUGCUCGAUGUAUUGUGCAAUCCGUUCUUGAGCGGUAUGGCUCGCUUCGAGACUGCUCUGGGUCUUCCUGAUGUCGCUGAAGCUUGUUUCUGUUAUUUGUACGAGCACGUGGACUCUCCUGGUCUCUUUCAAGCACAUUUGCAGGCCAGCCACGUCAUGGAACUGCGUGACACGAUUGAAGAACUUGGCGGUUUUCAUCGGAAGAUGGCAGUGGAUCCUCAUGAAGUUGUGGCGAUUUUGCUUCAGUAUCUGUGGGAACUGCCUGAUCCUCUUCUCACGGAAGAGCGAUUGGACAGAUUCUUGGUUUGUGCUGGUCGGCCAGGCAGCGGAAUGUCGGAAGAGGAGUGCAAGGCGGUUCUUGUGGUUCUAGUCAACGAUCUGCCGUGGUACUGCAAACCUCUGCUUGAACGCUUGUGUCACUGGGUAUCGGUGGCGCUGCAACCGCGCCAUGCUGAGAAGAAUGGACUUACGGUGUAUGCGAUAGCUAACUGUUUGGCUCCACUGCUGCUUCGAGGAAGACACAGCGAGCGCUUCCACGAUUUCGAGGACUCAAGCUACCGCAAAUAUCCUGUUGGAUAUCAGCAUCGGACUUCUGUCCGCUCUCGCUUGAUGCCGGACGAAGAAGACUACUUGUCGACCUUCCCAGGUAAUAGCUUGGGUCUCCCGUCUGAUGCUCGAGAAGUUCGCCACAAAACACGUGAUGCCGAAGAAGCUGUCCAAGUGAUUGCCAUGUUGUUCAGGGAGCAAGAAGCUGUACUGCGUGACUUCCGAGCUGAGCUCUGCUCACGUCGCUCCCAGUUACGUGACAAGGUGCGACGUCUGGAAACUCUCCGUUUCGGUAUGGAGGAUCCAUUGGACAUGACAAACGAGAGCCAUGUCGCUCUACUCAAGCGGCUAUGGGACGCCCUGCUAGUACCGGAGAACGAAGAAAGCGACUCAGUAUUGUCAGCUUCUAGCAACAGUGAGAGUGAAGUCGGUGGUGUUGACGUCGCUGCGAUGCUGGCUUCACCUCGCUGGAAAUGCAGUGGAUUCCACACGGAUAAUCCGCUCGGUGGUUUCCGUGGCGGAGGUGUAUUAGCACUUGAGUGCCUUGUUUACUUUUUGGAGGAAUAUCCAGAGAAAGCGCGUGCGAUGAUGGAGCGUAAUGCCGUAGCUGGUGGCAACCGCUAUCCGUUCCCAGUUGCGAGUAUCAAUGUGAUGCGGAUGAUGAUGCACUUGUUGAUGCUUGACGAGGCUCCUGAUGUGUGCACCAAGCUCGUCCUGCAUUCUGUGGAGACCAACGAUGAUACUUCCCCGGCAGUGGUGAUGAAGCUACGAGUAGCCGAGCGUGUGAGCCGUACGCCAUUCUGGCGUGUGUUUGAUGACCAAAAGGCUUUCUUCAAGCUACAUGCCAUGGCGUUCAUGCUGCUGGACUUGCACUGGGUGCACUCUGGAGCGACGCAGAUGGGAUUCCAGCCUGUGCUGGAUGCCACGCGACGCCAAAUGGGUUGGCUACUAGAACAAGCUCCGAUCUCAGUCGAAGAGAUGUGGACGACGUGGAUGAAAGUGCGAGAGCUAGACGCGACCAAAUUCACUGGACCCACAAAUUUUGACUCGAGUGCGAUGACUUCACCAACCUCCUCGGCGUCGUCUGCACUGGAAAACGAGCGCGUAGCUCAACAAAUGACUCGCAACUUGUCGACAAAAGUCGAGGACGAUGCAGAGCAACCACAAGAGGGCACUUCAGCCACACCCGCUGCUGGAUAG